UCGUGCCUUUGAUAUUUUCGACGUGAUGUCGAUGGAAAAGGACGGUGCUAUCAGCAGGAAGGACGGCGCAGGCAGCAUCCCUCGGUUCGCGAAUCUCGCUCAGUCCUCUCUGGGCAUUGCUUCUGUGCGGUUCUUUGCUCGGCACCCAACCUCCCUGUCCGUCAAGCCCUGUAAUCUCUCCUGUACUAACGCGCUUAUCCCGAGUGUCGAUCAGAGUUCAGGAAUUAUUACUCAAACCCGCGAACUGAAACGACGCAACCACAACACAUGAUCUCCACGCUCAAACCAACGGAAAGAACGCGCCGAUAAACACACACACGCGGCUAUUCUUGAUCCCGGCGGCGACGGCGGCUCUUCUGGCACCAAGUGCAUGACCUCGAGCAGCCACUGAGAACUCAUCCGACGUGUCAAAUAGAUUCAGCUUGUGAAAUCACUAAUCUAGAAUUUAAGAAUUGAACCCAAAAACCUACCCCUUCGCCCUGACCCCCGUUUCGCAAGACCAUGGAUAUGGAUAAUAAAAAUAUGAUAAACGAUGACUCGAAUGUCACGCUCACGAUUAGGCUUAUUAUGCAAGGAAAGGAAGUGGGCAGUAUCAUAGGCAAAAAAGGAGAAAUUGUGAAAAGAUUUAGGGAAGAGUCUGGUGCCAAAAUAAACAUAUCUGACGGGUCGUGCCCUGAACGUAUUGUAACAGUAACGGGAUCAACCAAUGCAAUUUUUAAAGCUUUCACACUAAUUUGUAAAAAAUUCGAGGAGUGGUGUUCCCAGUUCCAGGACAUAAAUAGUGGAGGUAGCGGUGUACCAAGACCUCCGAUUACGUUGCGACUCAUCGUACCUGCAAGCCAAUGUGGAUCUCUCAUCGGUAAAGGAGGGUCCAAAAUCAAAGAAAUUAGGGAGGUCACGGGCGCCUCCAUCCAGGUCGCCUCCGAAAUGCUGCCCAACUCGACGGAGAGGGCCGUCACCAUUUCCGGAACCGGAGAAGCAAUCACGCAGUGCAUUUAUCACAUCUGUACCGUUAUGCUCGAGUCCCCUCCCAAAGGAGCAACCAUCCCCUACCGCCCCAAACCCCAAGUGGGUGGCCCCGUGAUCCUGGCCGGCGGACAAGCCUAUACCAUCCAAGGCAACUACGCCGUUCCUGCCCAUACAGAUGUAAGUAGUUCAGUAAUGACUCCUUUACUUCCCCCCUUGCCCCUCGGCCAUCCGCUGGCUGCUGUGGCGCCAGCGGCUCCGCUCAUGCCGCUCGAGCCGCUCAAGAACGGACACUUGCAGGCAGCCCUUCCGCCCGCGCAUCUUUUGCCAGAUAUGAGUGCACUUGGUAAAAGUCCUCUCGCAGGACUAGCAGCCUUAGGACUAGGAGGCCUUGCACCGACCAACACUGGUGGAUUAAAUCCAGCAGCGUUGGCAGCUCUCGCCGGAUCUCAGCUUCGAACGUCAAACUCCCGAAACCAGCAAAAUUCCAAUCAGCAAACCCACGAGAUGACCGUUCCGAACGAGCUAAUCGGUUGCAUUAUUGGCAAGGGCGGUACAAAGAUCGCCGAAAUCCGGCAGAUUUCCGGAGCGAUGAUCCGCAUAUCGAACUGUGAUGACCGUGAAAGUGGCGUUACCGACCGUACAAUUACCAUCUCUGGCAAUCCGGAUGCGGUGGCUUUAGCGCAGUAUCUCAUCAAUAUGAGGAUAUCGAUGGAGACUGCAGGCUUGCCGAUGCCAGGCUACCACUACAUUGCUCCGAACCACAUUGUAAAGGCCCCGAUCCAUUAACUGAACUGGCCCUGGCAUCAAGAAUACUUGGUGCCACCCACUGAUCCCCAAUCUCAAUGGUAUUUCAGAUAAUACCGUGUAAAUUAGGUCUGAUCUGUGAAAACUACAAUUACUGACAAUAUUGUCAUUAAAUUAUGAUGGAAACUUUACAAAAAAAGAUUGGUAAUGGGGAACAAGCCAAAGAUUCGUUAUUUUUAAUUUUUUACAAUGAUAUAACGUAUUUAUAUAUAUUUAGAUACAAUCAGAAAUUGACUAUUUACUGUCUGUUAGCGGUUUCGUAGUUGAAUUUGUUUAGUUGUUUGACGCGAAAGUUUGGAUUGUUGGAGCAGUUGAACUGCUCGCAAGACCUUUUUCGGAUUAUACUUUGCAAGUUAUUACCCUCCUCCACCAAAGAACGACAACCAAAGUUUAAGUAGCUCACCAUUCCUGCUAGUGACGGAAUAAGUGCCAAAAUGUAAAUAGUUAUCGCGAUUCCCGCGCGGUGCCGCGGCUUGUUCAGACUUUGAGAUUAUUAUUUUCGAAUCGAACUAGAAAUUAGUUGUAAAUACGGCGGGACAAUAACUUUCAAGGUAUAUUAUGCGUUUUAGUUACGUUGCAAAUAUAGUAUUUAUUUAUAGCGAUUUGAUUAUUUAUUGGUUUGCCUGGAGGAAUGGGCGAGACGCCCGUCUGGCGUUAUCAUAUCAAUCGCGUUGGCUUAUCAUGGUUGUACAUAUCAGUAUUUAGCUGCGGGGCGAGUGUUUGGCCCAUUCCCCGCUUGUGAUCAAGUUAACCGAGUUGGUAUUAAGAUCGCUGUGCAAUACGAGAUUGUUUGCAUUUUUACAUUGGGCUGUGCAUGUUAAUUAAGUAUUCGUUGUUUGCGUAUUCUUCCUCGGACAAGGAGAUUUUGUGCCAAAUUGACUCUUCCCUUUGCUCAUGCCGUCAAUGCUCACAUCUAAAUUUUUACGGUUGCAAACAGUCUAUUUGUGGUUAGUGGUAGCUCACUGUGAUCACGUCAUGUAAUAACGAUGCACUGUCGAAUAAUAAAUAAUUAAGGUAGUGCGUAAUUACUGAGCUGUACUUAUGGACAGGUAAAGGCUACCCGUGAACGGUUUUUUGUUAGUUUCACCAACAGAACUGGCUUGUUAUUUAGUCGUAGUGAUGUAAUCUAGUCUAUUAUUUACUAACAUUUUUCAUGUUUAUUAUUGAUGUAGUUUUAUUCGAUCUAAACGUUUGACUAUAAUGGGGACAAUCUAUUGUUAUCCCUUUGUGUUACUGAGUGUUCUUAAAAUAGAUUAUUGAUGUCGGUGUGCGGCCGCUCACCGCUUCUCCUUCGAUUUUGGCGGGAAGGGGCAGCGAUGCGGUUGGGGCACGCCGGCAAUAAGCAGUAAUGUAAUCAUGUGCCAAAUAAAUGGAUCAAGAGUUUUUCAUAUUCGAGACACAUGUACAAAAUUGUGUUUGUUUGGAAUUUUUAAAUAAGAACUCCAUGUUUCAAAUAGGACUAGCGAACAACUUAUUAGUAGCUAGUUUAGGGUUUCAAUAACUGUUUUAUGAUUUUGAGUGUGACACUUUUCUCAAGAGAUGCUUCGGUAGUGUUGCAAUACUCAAUCAUUACGAGGGGGUUACUUAAUACAUGUUGGCUGCCCUGCUCGUGUGUAGACGAGGCGUAGGACUUAGCAGGGGCCUUAUGUCGGCUAUAUCAUAGUUGUCGUGUUGUGCAGGCAAUCAACGGUUAGCUUUGUCUGUAGCGUAACGCUGACAGCACUCUCAGUGCCAAAUGUGGUAGUUCUAAACGCAAAAACCAACAAAAAAAUUAGGAGAAGUAUAUUUUGAAUUUUUCUACGAUAGCGUGACUGAUUCGCAUCACAACCAUUGGUCACACGGUGACGCGCCCUGAAUUUCAACAAAAUCACAAUCAGCUAACGUGAGAUAUCAUUUGUAUAGCCUUUAUUAAAACAGGGUCUUUAUUAUUAAGAGAUUGUAAAACGUAGGUAGUUUACUGUAAAGAGAGUUUUGUCUUUGUCUUUCAAACGGUAAGCAAAAAUUUCGAACAGUAUUGUUUUGUGAGAUUAUAUAAUUAGUGUUGAUAAGAUGCCAAAAUUAUUUUAUUCCAUUUUAUAGUUUUAAAGCGGUUGCCAGCACAGACAAUUCGAAACGUAUUUCUAAAAGAAUACUUAUGAAACUCAAUGCAAACAUAUAACUUUUGUAAGGAUAAUUACUAUCGGCAACAAAUUUCAGGGUAACGUUUCGCUUUAUUCUCGUUUCUUAGUAAUAAAGCUGUAGAUUAUGUUGUAUACAAAUAGCAGAGAUGAUGCAAAAUAGAUUUAUAUGAAAUAUCUACCUAUAUGUAUCGCUAUUUCUAGUGCUUUUUGCUUAUGGAACACAACACGACUGUAUAAUUGUAUUAGCAGUAGAGGGCACGCUGUUACUCAUCAUAUUUUCGGCUCGGUCAGAAAUGUUACCAUAUCUUGGACAUAUCCUUCUCUAGGUGGCAUUGUAAUUUAUUGUUGGGCCUGGAAGCGGCCUAUGGGCCGCUUCCGCGGGCUUUUAUUGCUCAAUCUUUCGUCAUCUUCAUAUCAGAUAUUAAAAAUGAGUAACAGCUCGAAAUAUUUUGAUAUUGAUUAUAAUGUUUUAUGUAUUAUACGGAUCAUUCAUGUAGGUUUUAAAAUUAGGCAAUAAAAUAUUAUGACAUGUGCGAGGCAUAAAAGACAGUUUUAGACAUUGCACAUAUCUAUUGUUCUUUCCAUAUGCAAGAUGUUUAGUAUAUACAUAUUUAGAUAAGAUGUUUUAUGUUUGUUUUUGGUUAAUAAAGUGUGAACAUUA